AUGCUAAAGCGGUUUUUCAACAGUCUUUCAAGAAAAAAAUCAUUAACCACAAGCGAUGUAUCUAAAACGCAGCUACUGCGGUGUUUAUCGGUUGUGGACCUUACUGCGUUGGACAUCAAACGGAUAAUCAUUGUAGGCAUUGGUUCCACUCUUGGAGCCGGUGUAUACGUGGUUGUGGGUGGCGUUGCUCGCCAUGAUGCAGGUCCCUCGGUUAUAGUGUCAUUUUUGAUCGCGGCGCUGUCUUCUAUUUUAUCCGGACUUUGCUAUGCGGAAUUUGGUGCACGCGUUCCAAAAACCGGAUCAGCCUACAUUUAUAGUUAUGUUACCGUUGGAGAACUGAUGGCAUUCAUAACUGGGUGGAACUUGAUUUUGCAAUAUAUAAUCGGUGAGUCUCAA